AUGUCCGGGGACCCGCCGCCGCCGGUGCACCCCGGCGGCGCGACGGCCUCGCCGCCCGCGGCGCCCUCCGCGCCGUCGCCGCCCUCCGCCGCGCCGUCGUCGUGGCUGGACAACCUCCGCGCGACGGACUGGAGGGCGACGACGGGUCGGCUCGCGGAGGCGACCGCCAGCUUCGCGUCCACCGCGGGCGAGAAGCUCGCGCCGCUGGCGUCGUCCGUCGCGGACGGCGCGCGCGAGAUCCGCGACGGCGCCGGCGCCGCGCUCGCGGCGGGCGCCGCGGACGCCGCGGCCGCGCUGAAGGCGGACGCGGACCGCGCGGCGAACCUCGAGCCCCGGCGCGGAGGAGGAGGAGGAUCCGGAGGAUCCGCCGCGGACCAUCGAGGCUCCUCCGGAUUCAAGCCCGCGAGCGCGAUGCCGUCCGGCGACGCGCCCUUCGUGCGCAUCCCGAUGUCCAGCGCGAUCAAGCUCAAGCUCCUGGACAAGCACGAUCUCGUCGCGCUCGACGCGAAGCACGCGGAGGAGAUGGCGGAGAUGCACGCGGAGAUCUACGCGCUGCGCGCGGUGGCGACGCGCGCGAUGGGGGGAGACGCGGGCGCGGUGGACGAGCUCGUGGGAUCGGAGAGAGACGCCGCGAGCGCCGCGCUGAGGACGGCGGACGACGGCGUCGCGCGCGUGAUGCUCGUCGCCGCGAACGCGCGGUUGAAGGAGGCGGUGGGAAGGGCGACGCGGUUGGAAGAGGAGCUGGCGCGUUCCGCGGCGAGGAGGGGGAGGGCGGCAUCCCGGGAGGAGGAGGAGGAGGAGGAGGAAGACGCCGCGGCGACGGCGGCGGGAGACGGCGGUCGCGCGGUGACGCUGGUCGUCAACGUCCUCGGCGACGCGCCGUCUUCCUCCUCCCCGUCCCCGUCCCCGUCCGCCGCCGCGUCCGGUGACAAGAAGGACGAGGUCGUCGCGAAGCUCAAGAAGCGCAUCGCGCACCUCGAGAGCGACUUCAAACGACGCAAGGCGCUCGAGGACUCCAGGUUGGAAGAAUACGGAAACCUCAUCCGCGCGGACGCCGCGGCGAAGACGAAAGCCGCGGUGACGGAGGCGACCGACGCGGGGAAUCUCCGCGUCGCGAAGCUUGAGACCGCGCUCGGGGACGCGACGCGCGCCGCCGAACGCGCGCGCGCCGAGGCGGCCGCGAUCGAAGAAGACGCCAAGGCGAGGGAACGCCGCGCCGACGCGAAAGUCGCGGCGGUGGAAUACGCGCGCGAGGAGACGCGAUCGAAAGCCGAGGAGCUGAAGCGACGGCUGGACAUCGCGAACGACGCGCUCGCGGACGCGGAGAUGCGCGCGGAAGAGGCGGAGGCCGCGACGGAGGCGUACAAGCACGAGAUGGCGCUCGAGGUGGAGGCGGAGGAAGGCGCAGGGGGGGACGAGGGCGGCGGCGGCGGCGGCGGCGGCGGCGGCGGCGCGAAGGACCUCGCGAAGGACCGCGCGCGUCUCGCCGCGUCCCUCGACGCGGCGACGGCGCGCGGCGACGAGCUCGCGGCCGCGCUCGACCUCGAGCGGAACAAGACCGCGUGGCUGGAGGAUGAGCUCGAGCGCGCCGCGAGAGGGUCCGAGGCGACCGCUUCCGCGUCGGCGUCGGCGUCGGCGUCGUCGGCGUCGUCGGCGGCUGCGGCGGAGAAGGAGAGAAAAAAAGCCGAGACGGCGGCGUUGCUGUCGACGUCGCGCGGGUCCGGGUCGUCGUCUGCCGCCGACGUCGAGCGGCUCGCGAAGCUCGCGAGCGACGGCGAGCGCGCGAGCGCGGUGUGCGCCGCGCUCGAGGCUGACCUGGCGCGCUCGAAAGAGGCCGCCGCGAAGGCGAAGGCGUCUCUGGCGGACGCGACGAGUGCGCUCAAGGCGGAGAGAGACGACGGCGAGAGAACGCGCGAGAGGGCGCGCGCGCUGCUCGAGGAGAAAGACGUCGAGAUCGACGCGCUGCGACGGAAGCUCCGCGGAGGAGGCGAGGAGAGCGACGCCACUGGUGACGACGCGGCGCCCGGCGGCCGAUCGGCGCGCGCCGCGGCGACCGCGACGACGCUGUCCCCCGAGGACUUUCUGUACCUCAGAUCCGUCGUUCUCAAAUUCGUCGAGGCGCCGAGUUGGGACGCGCAGCAGUCGUUGUUGCCCGUGCUCGCGGCGGUCAUGAAGCUCGCGCCGGACGAGAACCGACGGAUGAUCGCGUCGCGCGCGGCGAACGAGCCGACGGAGGUGUACGUCGCGCGCGCCGCGCCGGAGACGGCGAACAGUCUGUCGGAGAUGAUGGGCCUCGGGAAGUUUUUCUAG